AUGACGACUGGCGAUGGAGGUCCGACGUACACGGCGGCGCAGGUGGACAACUGCGCGUUCGCCGCCUGGUACCCGCAGCUGAAGCGCGUGUCCAUCAAGGGCGAGGUGGUGCCGCUGCCGGCCGCGUUCGUGUCUCUGCUGCUCUCGGACGGCGUGACGCUGCCGUCCGCUCCAGUGGCGUCGGGGAUCGAAGAUGAAGACGGAGACGACGACGAAGAAGACGCGGCCAGCGCUCUUACGGACGAGCAAUUGAGCAUCAUCUCGACAGUUAGAGAGCAGGUGGAGCGGGUGCUGGAGGACUUCAGCGGCAAGCUCUUCCCCAAGACCAACUGGAGCGCGCCCCGCGACGCCGCGUGGAUGCUCGGCUCGCUCAAGUGCACGAGCUUCGAGGACGUGUUCCUGCUGCUGCAGGCCUCGGACUUCGUGGUGCACGACCUCACGCAGCCAUACAUUGGCUGCAGCGGUGAGAAGGCCGAGAGCGCGCCGAGUGAGAGCUAUUUGGUGCUCAAGAAGUGGUGCAACUUCCUGGACUCGAUGCUGUUCCGGUGCUUCGUGGUCGGCCAUCGACUCGUGGCGGUGUCGCAGCGCAACUGCGACGAGUUCUACGAGUUCCUCCCGGACCAGCAGGACGAGCUGUGCGAGCUGCUGUACGAGUUCUACAAGACCAACUUCAAGAAGGACGACGGGGGAGAGUUCGUGUUCCCCGACCCCAACUACAGCUUCGACGUGUACGUGGACAAGCGGCGGCGCGUGUAUCUGCUUGACAUCAACGUGUUCGGCGCUGUCACGGACACGCUACUCUUCUCGUGGGAGGAGCUGCUGGAACUGCAGAAGGACGGCUUGGCGACGCCUCAGGACGCAGAAGACGAAGGCCACAUGAUCGACUUCCGGGUCGUCGAGUCCAAGAAGGGCAUCCGGGCCAAUCCGUUGAGCGGUUACCGUGCGCCGACGGAUCUCGUUGACCACCUUGCUGGCGGCGCCGGAUUCGACGCCUUUAUCGAGCAAGUCAAGCGCGACAACGCCGCCGGUGGAGACGACAGACAGUGA